AGAGGAGACCAAAAAAUCAUCAAUCCAUCUCACUCUUCUAUCAUCCACAAGUUUUAAUCUCAGCCGUUCAGUCUCUCUCCGAUCAUGCCGAUCAGAAACAUUGCCGUUGGUCGUGCCGAUGAGGCCACCCGUCCCGACGCCUUAAAGGCGGCGUUGGCUGAGUUUAUAUCAACUAUGAUCUUUGUUUUCGCCGGCUCAGGCUCCGGGAUGGCUUUUAACAAGCUCACUGAAAAUGGAGGCACCACUCCCUCCGGCCUCGUAGCCGCCGCACUUGCACACGCUUUUGGACUCUUUGUCGCUGUCUCAGUCGGCGCCAACAUCUCCGGUGGACACGUUAACCCCGCCGUCACUUUCGGCGCUUUUGUUGGUGGUAACAUCACUCUCCUCCGUGGUAUUCUUUACUGGAUUGCUCAGCUACUCGGUUCCGUCGUCGCUUGUCUCCUCCUAAAGUUCGCCACCGGCGGUUUGGUGGUGCCGGCUUUUGGCCUCUCAGCGGGAGUAGGAGUUUCAAAUGCUUUGGUUUUCGAGAUCGUAAUGACAUUUGGGCUAGUUUACACAGUCUACGCCACCGCCGUUGAUCCCAAGAACGGGAGUCUUGGAACAAUCGCUCCUAUUGCAAUAGGUUUCAUAGUCGGUGCCGAUAUCUUGGCCGGAGGGGCAUUUAGUGGAGCCUCCAUGAACCCCGCUGUGGCUUUCGGACCAGCGGUGGUGAGCUGGUCGUGGAACAACCACUGGGUCUACUGGGCUGGACCUCUUAUCGGCGGUGGAGUCGCCGGACUCAUCUACGAGGUUUUCUUCAUCAACACCACACAUGAACAGCUCCCCACCACCGACUACUGAAUGGAUGUCUCUAUGUUUCUCAUGUGCUACUUAGUUUGUUUUUUUUUUUUUUUUUUUUUGAUUAACCUGGAGGGAUCUCAACUUCCAGGGGACUAACCCCUCGGCGCGAAGUAGCCCAUUUGUUACUAUGGGAAUUAGAUACCCAAUUGCCUGGCCAAACAUUUGUUACUAUGUUUCUCAUGUGCUACUUAGUUUGUUGUCUUUGAAUAUUAAUGUUUUGUUUUUCAGUUUGAGUAAUUUCGUAUCAACAUGGGUUUAUGACCGUCGGAUCUGUUCCGUUGAUUUCUAGAGUGGUAAUUGCAACUAUACUGUGAAUUACCGAUUACGUAUCUAUCUCAUCUUAAGCUUGUCCCAAUUGUAUGCCAUUUUUCCAUCUUGAAUGUCCAUUAUGUCCUUAUCACUUUA